GAAGCCUACGGACUAUCAGCAGAUUUUGGUUCCGCUGCAGAAAUGGCCUCGACUGCACCGAGAGCAACAAAAGCCAAAUGAUCUGCUCUUGUUCUGGAGUCGGCAGAGAGAAUAAUUUAACCAUUUUGUAAGGCGCUGGCUUGGGGAAACCAGGGAGUUUGUUACGGUACUUAGAGGAGCGACGAGGCGGACGGAUAAUGCCACAUUGCCUGUGGCCAGAGCCGCUGACACCCGCACAAUUGAAGCGGCUGGAGGAGCAUAAAUACAGCGCUUCGGGUCGCUCCCUGUUCGAGCCUCCGUGCCAAGUCUACUGGAACUGGCUGGUCCUGCAGAUACCGACAUGGGUCGCACCAAACACGCUGACUAUUGUUGGACUCUUGAUAAACAUCCUCUCCACGGUGGUGCUGGUUUGGUACUGUCCUACGGCAACGGAAGAGGCUCCACCUUGGGCCUUCCUCCUAUCUGCUCUGGGUCUCUUCAUUUAUCAGUCUCUGGAUGCGAUUGAUGGGAAACAGGCCAGGAGGACGAACAGCAGCUCUCCGCUCGGGGAACUGUUCGACCACGGCUGCGAUGCCGUCUCCACAGUGGUUGUUGCUGUGGGAACCUGCAUUUCAUGCGGAAUAGGAAGAUACCCAAACUGGAUUUUCUUCUGCGGCUUCAUUGGGACGUUUAUGUUUUUCUGUGCUCACUGGCAGACCUAUGUAUCCGGGACCCUCCGGUUUGGGCUCGUCGACGUCACAGAGGUGCAGAUUGCCAUCAUCAUCAUGUACCUGAUGUCUGCAUUUGGAGGCGUGAGCCUUUGGGAGAACGUGCUGCCUGUUGUAGGAAUGCCGCUGUACGCUUUCCCCAUCAUGGGCAUCAUCGGAGGCGCCUUGUACUCCUGCUACAACUACUUCUAUGUGAUUCUGAAUGGAGGCGUUGGGAAGAAUGGCUCCACUGUGGCUGACACCAGCGUCCUGACUCCUGGUCUGCACAUCGGCCUUGUCCUCACUCUGGCCUUCAUCAUUUUUAAGAAGUCGUCCAGCCAUCUGUUUGAGAACCAUCCCUGUCUGUACCUGCUGACCUUCGGCAUGGUCAUCGCCAAGAUCUCCAACAAGCUGGUGAUAGCACACAUGACCAGGAGUGAGUUAUAUCUUCCAGACACAGCCUUCAUCGGCCCUGGCCUCCUCUUCCUCAACCAGUAUUUUAACAGCUUCAUUGAUGAACACAUAGUCCUCUGGAUCGCAAUGGUCCUUUCUCUGGUGGAUCUGACACGGUACUGCACAGGUGUGUGCCUUCAGAUCGCCUCACACCUGCGCAUCCAGGUGUUUAGCAUCACGCCGCAGCCCAACGCCCACCGUGACUGACGGGUUGCCCGGCGGGAGGAGGCGGGAGGAGACGCAGAUUUCUCCCCGCUGCUGAAAGCAGACGACGACGAACUCAGCGAGGAAAGACCCUUAACCCCGAGCCACUGCAGCCUUGACAAAGUAACCACCUCCGAUUAAAAAACUGCCUCACUCAGAAAAAAAGGAACAAAUGAACCAAUCCAACACUGCAAACCAAAAAAAAAAAAAAAGAAAAAGUAGAAAAAGAAAACAGCUUGAAAAGCUGUUGGGGAAUUAAAUGGUUAGAAGUUGAAACCAAUCUAAUUUAAUUAAAAAAUUGGUGCAUGCUGUCAUGAAUGUCAUUGAUUUUUAUCUCAACCAAAAGACCAAAUGUUUUUAUUAUAUUAAACCAUUAUUUGUUAUUAAUUUUAAAGCAUGACAGAGUUUAUUUUUUAAUUCGCCGUAGAUUUGACACUAAAACCAAACAUUGACUCUAUGUGUUCUGAAACUAAAUAGAUUUCCCGAUUAAUUAUUUUUCUAAAUAACCCAUUAUUUAUUUAUUCAGUGUUCCAACAAGGGAACAAAUGAGGGCUUUAAAAUUAAAAUUUUAAUUCAAAUGAAGUCUCCAAUAUGAAGUGGUGGAUUGUCAAAGAGCUCUGUGAAGGGGUAAGAGUCACGUGUUGAUGCUGAAAACGACGACAGGUUAUUCCACCAACAUCACUCUAAUUUAAAGAGAAUUUACUCACCAUUAUGUUUAGUUAUUAAUAAAACAUCCAUACGCUGGUAUUUAGAGUGCUGUCGACUCAUGAAGCGUUAACACUCGACUCGUUCUGCUUUCUCAUUUCUUCUCCCUAAAGGGCUAAUACGUAAUUAUGUAUGAUUGUACAGAAAUCAACUGAAUACGCCUUAAAUAUUUUUGUUUGUAAUUACUGUUUUAUGAGUAUUUAAAGCAGAUUUGUAUGUUUUUGUUUCUUUAUUUUCACUAAGGUAUGCCAGAUACAGCAAUAGUUACAAUACAACUCGACUGGAAGAUUUUUUGGUUUUAUUUUUAACUUUUCACCUAGAUGAGUGAAUUUCAGUUGUGUUAUUUGGUAACGUGAUUAUUAGUAAUUGUACAUUGACUGAUUAUCAUGGAAAUGUUGUACUUUGGUGCACUGGGAUCAGAAGGGAUUUUUCCAGAGGCUGUAAAAUGUCCUGGAUUUUAUUUUGGAAAACUUUCAUCUCACAUUCUGCUUUUGCACCAUUACAAGUCCGACAGAGGAACGUGUAUUAACACACUAUUUUGCAUCAUUUUCAGAUGAAUGUUUGAACUAUGCAUUGACAUGUAAUUUGAUUCCAAUCACCUCAUUGUACUGUUCAGUAAUAGAGUCAAACAUUUCUAAUAACAAAUGUGAAUGAAAAGAUUGUAAUAAAGAUCAUAUUUUUCAUCGUU